AUAAGGUAAGAUUUUGUAAUCGGAGUCAGGGACAUUAAAAAGAAAAAAGAAAAACUGUGUAUCCCUUCUCGCCGGAGACGAACUGAUCGCUGCUCCACGACAUAAAAAACACCGUGCAAUUCCAGAUCCAUUUCAACUCGUCGACGACUCGACGGAAGAGAGAGAGAUGGGAGAAGAAGACAGCACAAAAUCAUCGACAAAGACGAAGGAGGUAACGAGAUUCUGGGAAUGGGCAAUUGCAGCAAUCAUCUUCAGACUUGUACUCAUCUACUUCUUCCCAGAUAUCCUCUCUCAGUUAGCCUCCCGACCCGAAGUCUCCACCCCUGUCACUUCCCUCCGCCGCCUUGCUGAGGGCUACUGGUUGAAGAAGCAGGCAUCAAUUUCCCCUUAUGCUGGAUCUAUGUACCACGGGUCUCCUUUGCUGCUCUCAGUGCUUGGUCCUUUAACUGUUAGAAACAUUGAUGGUCAGCCAAGCCACAUUUUGUGCAGUCUGCUUUUUGUGAUUGCAGAUUUGAUUGCUGCAUUGCUUCUCCGAGCAACUGGUCAGAAGCUUCAAUCAGCAUAUUGCCAGAGUUUGAAAGCACUAGGCGUUGAAAAAAUAUUGGGAGGCUCAGAAUUUUACGCCUCUGGGGACAUUUCAGCUCUAUUUUACCUGUGGAAUCCUUUGACGAUCCUUACAUGCAUGGGAUCAUCGACAUCUCCCAUUGAAAACUUUCUUGUGAUUUUGUCUAUUUAUGGAGCAUGUAAACGUUUGAUACCUCUGGCAGCUGUUGGAUGGGUAUUGGCUACUCAUAUAUCACUUUAUCCAGCAGUUCUGCUUAUACCGGUGAUCCUCUUGCUCGGCUAUGGUCCAGAUGCACCUCCAAAGAAAUUGUUUUUGCAAAAGAUUUCCAGAGAGACUGCAAAGGAUUCUAGUGAUAGUAGUUUGCAGCAUGUGAAACCAAUCACUGGUUCGGCAUUACCUUCUUUUUCAUGGCGACCAGUUAUCUUAUUCCUAUUAUGGGCGUCAGCUUGGUCAAUUUAUAUUCUGGUUCUGUGUGGAAUCUCUGUCAGACAGAAUGGUGGUUUACAAGAGAUGUUUAAGAGGACCUAUGGAUUUAUUUUGACAGUGGAGGAUUUGUCUCCAAAUAUAGGUGUUUUAUGGUACUUCUUCGCAGAAGUUUUUGAUUUUUUCAGAAACUUUUUCCUGAUAGUGAUCCACAUGAACAUUCUCUUCAUGAUAUUGCCAUUGGCCAUACGGAUGAAACAUCGGCCUUGUUUCUUGGCUUUUGUCUAUGUUGCCAUCUGUUCAAUGCUGAAGACUUACCCGUCAGUUGCAGAUUCUGCUUUGUACCUUGGUUUGUUUGGCUUGUUUAUCAAUCAGUUAGCAGAUAUGCAUUUCUCUUUUGUCCUCUUCUGUGGGUAUAUUGGUGUUAAUCUCCUGAGUCCUGUUAUGCACAAUCUUUGGAUAUGGAGGGGAACUGGGAAUGCCAAUUUCUACUAUGCAACUGCUAUAGCUUAUGCUGCCCUCCAGAUCAUUUUGGUGGUGGAUAGUGCAAGUGCAAUGCUUAACCAUGACAGACGGUUAAGGAAGUUGACUACUGCAUAGACUUGAGUUUCAAAGUCAUUCGGCUGUGUCUUUCCAACUUCACCGAAUGGUAUUCCUCAAAGGUAGCUGCUGUACAGAGCUCAAAAGUAAUGUUCACCGUCUUUCAUCAUCAGGCGAAGGUUCCAAAAGAAAAGCACGCCUUUGAAAAAUUUCGGAAACAGCCCAUCUUGGUAGUUUGCAUAGCUAGCCAUUUACGCGGAGGGAUCUUUGUUGUAACGUUGUGAAUUUAAGUAAGUUACAAUAGUUUCCACAGAUUUGUAUUUUACGGCCUUCACUGUCAAGAUCCAAUAUCAGUUAGUAAAGAAAAUGAUUGUUAUUUUAUUCAAAUAAUCAAUAUGUAAUGUUUUGAUUUGAUGAACAAAACUUAUGAACACUCAUCACAAAUUUAAAUCUACUAUUGCUUUAAAA